UGCUGGUGCUGGGGCCCGAGGAGGGACGCGCCGGAGCGGGGCCGCCGGGACUGAGCGAGCGACAGACGCGCCACCCGCCGACGCCGCAGCCGCUUGGGGCCCGCACGGACCCUCUGCCUGAGUGUAGAAUGAGCCAAGGAGACUCAAACCCAGCAGCUAUUCCACAUGCAGCAGAAGAUAUCCAAGGAGAUGACAGAUGGAUGUCUCAGCACAACAGAUUUGUCCUGGACUGUAAAGACAAGGAACCUGAUGUGCUGUUUGUGGGGGACUCCAUGGUGCAGUUAAUGCAGCAGUACGAGAUAUGGCGAGAGCUUUUUUCCCCACUUCAUGCACUGAAUUUUGGAAUUGGGGGAGAUACAACCAGACAUGUUUUGUGGAGACUCAAGAAUGGAGAACUGGAGAACAUUAAACCUAAGGUCAUUGUUGUCUGGGUAGGAACAAACAACCAUGAAAAUACUGCAGAAGAAGUAGCAGGUGGAAUCGAGGCCAUUGUACAACUUAUCAACACAAGGCAGCCGCAGGCCAAGAUCAUUGUAUUGGGUUUGUUACCUCGAGGUGAGAAGCCCAACCCUUUGAGGCAAAAGAAUGCCAAGGUGAACCAACUCCUCAAGGUUUCCCUGCCGAAGCUUGCCAAUGUUCAGCUCCUGGAUACAGAUGGGGGCUUCGUGCACUCGGACGGUGCCAUCUCCUGCCACGACAUGUUUGAUUUUCUGCAUCUCACGGGAGGGGGCUACGCAAAGAUCUGCAAACCCCUGCAUGAACUGAUCAUGCAGUUAUUGGAGGAAACACCUGAGGAGAAACAAACCACCAUUGCCUGACUGGCUCCCAUCAGUGUUAAUAGCACCCAGCUUCCUCAGAUCAGUUAUAUCACUGGCACUACAGAAUCCUUCUCUUUCUUAAGGCACUUUGCAUUGUAGAAUGUUCCUGGAUGUUCAUAUCUAGUGUUUGAAGGGAGGAGGGAUUUAAACUGGUCCUGUACAUAGAAGGUUUGUUUGACACAGGAGAAAAAUUAGCCAAGGAAGAUUGUUGUUUAAAUUCGUUUGAAACCAGAAGGGGACUUUUUAGUUGUAUGUGUGACAUUUUCAUUCAGUUAUCACUCUUUUUCCUAGGACAACAUCAAGCCUAAGUACUGAACAAAAUGAAGAUUUUUUUCUUGGCCUUUCUUUCUAUGGAUUACGUCAUAUAUACUAAUGAUCAGGAUCACACCUACUUGGCUUUAAAACAGAUGUUUUUUUCCAGUUUUUAAGGUUCAUAAUUUAGCCUUUUGUUUUUAGUUUGUUUUACUCAUAUGUUUUUGCCACAUUUUUUUUUAACUUACAGCAUCAGAUUGAACGUGUUUGUCACUCAAGUAUGGGAGAUGCUAUGGUUACAAGUGAAUUUGUUCCACUCUGUUGAUCUUUCCCGUGUUUAGCAGUGGAAGAUAGGUUUUGCCCCAUUUGGGGGACUCUGCGGAGGGUAUUAUUUUUAUGCUGCUGAAUAUCAUGUCUAUAAUAGACCCAUGCAUGCAGCCUUUCCUCCCUAUUUCCCCUCAUCCCCUCUUUUUUUUUUUGGAGGGGGGAGCCCUUGUUGACAUUACAAGCUUUUAACACAUUUUUGACCUAGGAGCUCUGUUGCUGGAAGUGUAAGUCCCCAGUCAGUCACUCUCAUGAUGUUACUGAUGUGCAACUCGUCCUUGUGAGGUGUUCUGUGCAUAGAGUCUGUGUCGUGCUAUCCAUGUGCAGAGUUCUGUUUGUUUGUUUUUUUUUUUUCCUGUAAUAUAUGUUACAGUUUCCUUUUUUGGAAAAAAAAAAAUCAGAACUCUAUUUUCCAUUCCAUAAGCCUUGACAUUAUUUCAAGUUUUAUAGUAUCUUAAGAUGUAUAUUUUAUUUUUUUAUUGGCUUAGUUUUUAAAUUAUAAUCAGUCCAGAAAAAUUUGGCCUUUCCUUAUGGGCAAACAAACGGAGCUGCUUUUCAGAACAGACAUUUCUGCCUUGAUCCCACCAUUUUAGUGAAAAAGAACUAGGUUUGUUUAACUUUCAGGUUUUCUCCUUAGAGUAUUUUCACCUGAAAAUUUCUUCCAAGAGAGCUCUUUAUAAUCCUGUUGGUUUGCUUGAGCUACAAUAACUGCCAUUUAAAAAAUAAUGGGAUGAUACAUGGUUUAUUGUUUGGUAUACCUAUGGAAUAUGUACAAACUGGAUCUACAAACAAAUACUUUAAACUGGACCAGGUGGGUACUGGAGUAACCUUUUAACACGUGCUCUGCACAGAUUCUGCUUAACGUUCAAGUUCAGUGACUAAGGCUGAAGCUCGAUGAUCUGCUUGCAAGGCAAAUGCUUUUGUGAGUUGGAGGGGGUUGCCGAUUUGCGCAUGGAGCCACUUGUGAUUGAGAAGGAUAGAGAACUUGGGCUGAUGUUUUCUUGUGAAGCCUCUUUCUAGGAAUAUUUUUUCCAUCUUAUUUUUAGUCUUUUUUUUUUUUUAAUACAUUUCUGAAUGUAUCAUGUCUUCACUAAUGACAGAAAGUACAUGUGAUGUUUACUAGACUCGUUUCCCACAUUAAAGUUCCCUCUUCUGUUUUGAGUAGCCCGGAUUCUUGAGUUUUUCAGGACAGGUUCUUUCUUAGCUAGGCAUUGUUAGGCAUUGUCCUAAGGAGGAGAUUUAAUAAAGCCAGAAGUUUGUCUGUAAAAAGACCAUUUCUUCAGGUCUUUUUCCGUUUGUCAGAGGGCGGGAGUGUCGUCCAAACAAAUCCCUUAGGUGAUUCCUGCAGCAUGCGCUUUUAGUUUCCCUCUUGACUAAGAAUUAAAUAUCCCUUUGUGAGCUGGUCUUCAGCUCCUUUGCUUAUGUGUGUAAACCUCGGGUGUUACUACAUUUUAUACCUACCAGAGCUAUUCGAGCAAUAGUAUUUGAACCACUAGCCUUUUAAAUAAAAGUCUGCCCCGUUGCUAAUGUGCA